AUGGUGAAGACGGAGACUGCAGUCCACAUCGGCUUCACUUUCAGCAAACCCCUAAAAGCGCCGACUCCGCCCCAAGAUCUUCAGAUCCCCACGCCACCACGGCCUCCACCGCCAGUAUCUCCUCGUACUCUGCCUCUGGCGUCGACGCCUCGUGACUCGGGACAAAGGUCAACGUGGUCGAGUUGUUGCAACGAAGUUCUCAACGCUCCAGCCAUGGUUUGUUGCUGUUUUUGUUGUCCCUUAUACAAAUGCGCGUUCUGGUUAUGUUGUUUGGAGCUGAUCGUGUCCGUUUACUGCUGGUAUAACAUCGGUGGGAUCAUUCUACAGACUAUUCAUCACUUGUAAGCCACUCUUCUGAGAUUUAUGGGGUACCUGGCAUGCCGUAAGGAAAGCUUCAAAAAAUGCGAAAAAAGGAUGACAAAAGAUGAAAGAAAAAGGUCCGCUCGUGACUCAUAUGUUUACGGUCCAAGGCCAUCUUUCCUAAGAAAAAUUCUGGAUUCUUUCGAAAAAAUAAGGUAGAAUCCCGGGGCUCCACACAAUGGGCGACCGUAACCGGAAAAAGUAAAACAACAUGUUUUGAAGUGUCUCCCGAAAUGUCAUAGCACCCCAUUACCGCCACAUUACUCUAACUCUAAUAUCCCUUUCAGCGACUUGGCCAAUGCUUUCUUGAUUUUCGUUCUGACCUUCUGGAUCAUCACUUUGUCGACCGCUUUUGGAAUGCUGAUAGCGGCCGAGAAAAGGAAGAAUGCAUCGUAUGUGCUGCCUCGAUUAAUCCAACAAAUUGGCCUAUUGACGUGCGGCUUCGUUUUCGGCUUCUUGUGCAUUUUCUACUUUACUGGUGGCGCCGAGAAGAUUAACUCAUGGGUAUUUUGGUUUUACCGAGUAAGUAAUUACUGGAGAUAAUGGGGUUGGGAUGAAACCAGCAUUUAUGCUUUACAAAACAAAUUCUAAGCUAACUCUAACGGGGUAAUGUGUAAUCGACACCCUCUAGCUAUGAUUAUAACCCAUUGGGCCUUCUCUCAACAUACGAUGAACCACUUCCCAGGCCAAUUUACAUAACCAAGAAUAGUACUCUUUUCCCCAUUCCGUUUCCAUCAUUCAAAGACGGCCUAAUUUCGUAGACCAGAGCUGAAUCCGGAGGCAAUUUGAGAGGUCCCGUUUUUGUGAGAAAAGAGUCGAUGCCCUCAGGGGAGCGGGGCCACAAACACAACGGAAUUUGCCAAAGUUUAGGUCAACAAGUAUUGUUGUGUGCGUUUAAUAAAAUAGAAAAAUUAAAUGGGGCGGAAGAAGAUUCGAGUAAAAAAGCUGAACCAAAAGUAAAAGUCAAGCUAUUCCUCAAAAAGUCUGAAACGGAUGUUUUUGCAAAUAAGUAAACACCAACUUAUGUUAUUUUAGGUGUUUUUGGACGAAGAACUCGACAAACAUGCCCAGAAGGAAGUCGCUUCCGAACUCCGCUUCUACGGCCUGUUGUUUAUCCUGCUGGACAUAUUCUUUAUUGGUUACGUCGCGUUCGGUUUUUGCAUAACACGCAAAUACCACAAGGAUAUGGAGCGACAACAUGGCACUGGAUUCGCGCCGGUCUCCCAAUACGAGCCCGCCAAUCCCUCAGCCCCUCCACCGCCACCAAUAAACCCCAAUUACAAAGCGUAG